GAAAUCUUGUGUGAGUCUUCAUAGCUGCUGAGGGACAUCAGCCUCUUCAAGUCCUCUGAAACACUACACGAUAUUGGCCGUGUCUUCAUUAUGUGGGGAGGAGUUGUGCUAAGGCCUGGAGGGGAGAGGGAAAAAUGCCUCUAUAAACAUUAGCUGUGUAUUUGAGCCUUGGAGAGUGAAAUCAUCAGACGCCCAUUCCAUCAGGCGCUCUGGAGUAGAUGCAGCAGAUCAGUGAGAUUUAAAGCCCGCAAAGUGAGGCAUUGAUCUGAAGGAAGCCUGUGAGGACCGGGAGCAAACGGAGCAGCCCCAUGUUGACUCGGAUAUUCCUCCCGACAUAUGGGUGCACAAUUGGGUCAGGAGAUAAGCAGGCCCCUGUGGACCGAGGACAGAUGCAAUCCAUCUCUAGCUGCGCCCAUGUCCUGCCCCCACCCCCUCCACACACCCCACCCCUCCUCAUCUCAUCCCCUCUGCGAUCAUAGGCUGGCCUGGAGCAGCACAGAGGAGCGUUCAGGACGUACACAAGCCCAGAGAUGCUGAUUGCUCCGUAGCAUCCUCCUCUGUGUAAACACUGAGAGACUGGGCUGUGAUGAUGAAGAGGUGCAGCCCAGAGCCUCCCCUGGGACAAAGGACAGGCCACUGAAGGAGAUGGAAGCUCCACGGCAACGCUCCGCUGUGACAUCUGGAGAACUAAAGUAUCUCUUGCUGAAAAGGCCCAGCUGCACCUAUCUCUUCUUAUGUGAGCUUCAAAAGUAACUGCACCAUGGAGGGAGACAGCGCACAGAACUCCUCUGUCAAUCAGACCAUGGGCGUCCAGCUGGUCACGCACAGUCUGUGGGAGGUCAUCACCAUCGCAACCGUCUCUGCCAUAGUCAGCCUCAUCACUAUAGUGGGGAACGUUCUGGUCAUGUUAUCCUUUAAAGUCAACAGCCAGUUAAAGACAGUUAAUAAUUACUACCUGUUGAGUUUAGCAGCUGCUGAUCUCAUCAUUGGAGUUUUCUCUAUGAACUUGUACACUUCAUAUAUUCUAAUGGGAUACUGGGCACUGGGGAACCUUGCUUGCGACCUGUGGCUGGCAUUGGAUUACGUAGCCAGUAACGCGUCCGUCAUGAAUCUCCUAGUGAUCAGUUUUGAUAGAUACUUUUCCAUUACGCGACCUUUGACCUACCGAGCCAAAAGGACUCCUAAAAGGGCAGGGGUCAUGAUAGGGUUAGCCUGGCUGGUAUCCUUAAUUCUAUGGGCCCCGCCGAUUCUCUGCUGGCAGUAUUUUGUUGGAAAGAGGACUGUACCAGAAAGGCAGUGUCAGAUUCAAUUUUUCUCAGAGCCUGUUAUAACAUUUGGGACAGCCAUUGCAGCUUUCUACGUCCCAGUAUCAGUCAUGACCAUUCUGUACUGUCGGAUCUACAAAGAAACGGAAAAGAGGACCAAAGACCUAGCCGAGCUGCAAGGGACAUCUUACCCAACAGAUCAUACUGUUAGCCAGCCACAAAAGACGAUAAUAAGGUCUUGCUUUAGCUGCAAACUGCGAUCAACAUCACAUGACAGAAAUCAAGCCUCCUGGUCGUCAUCAAGCAGAGGUAACGUUGUCAAAUCCACUGCAACAACCAACGAUGAGUGGUCCAAAGCAGGCGCGCAGACUUCCUUCAACAGCUACGCGUCCUCCGAGGAUGAAGAAAGGCCUGCGUCUCCCAAGGGAUUCCAGUCCACAUUCCGAAAUCAGGGGUGCGAGGCGGGAAAGACGACUGGGGAGGGCGAGAACGAGCAACUGAGCAGCUACGACGAGGACAGCUACUUACAAACACCGCCUAAGGCCAACUCGCAAAAGAGCGGGAAAUGCGUGUCAUACAAGUUCAAGCCCAUCGCCAAGGACAACGGUCAAACACAGAGCAAAAACGGAGAUUCAAAAACACAGUUGAAUUUCAGUUCAGCGGAAUCAGUAAGCGCACCAUCUACCUCUUCUACGACGAAACCUACCGAUUCUACUCUUAAGAACCAGAUUACUAAGAGGAAGAGGAUGGUGCUGAUCAAGGAGAAGAAGGCCGCACAGACUCUUAGCGCCAUCUUGUUGGCAUUCAUCCUAACAUGGACGCCGUACAAUAUCAUGGUGCUCAUUUCUACCUUCUGUUCAGACUGCAUCCCUCUGUCCCUGUGGCAUUUAGGCUACUGGCUGUGCUACGUCAACAGCACUGUCAACCCCAUGUGCUACGCCCUGUGUAAUAAAACCUUUCAGAAGACCUUCCGCAUGCUCUUGCUCUGCCAGUGGAAGAAGAAGAGGAUCGAGGAAAAGCUCUACUGGUACGGACAGAACCCAGUGGUCAGCUCCAAACUAACGUGAAAAAAACUUUUUUUUUUAAUCAGCGUGACUCGUAAAGGUUACACUAGGCAUACUUUAUGUGGCUAAUUGCUUUAAAUGAGACACUGUACACUAAAUAUAAAGAAAAACAGACAGUAUUCUUAGACAGUUGUUCUCACCUGAUUUGAAAGUGAAACUAAAAAUGAUAAUUUCCUAAAUCUGUGUUCAAAAGACCCACAACUUAAUUUUGUUGUCAACCACUACUUCAGUAAACGAAGUAGAGAAGGGUUCAGCAGUGGUCAUCGGGACAUGUUUUUCUUCUUUUUUUUUCUUCAGAUGAUCACGGUUGAAACCUUCUGUACACUGAACCACUCCUGGACGAAUGAGGGAUUACACCAUCUCGUUCAGUACACAGACAAAUCUGUAUGAUAGUAAAAGUCAAUGGCAAAAUACAUCUACAGUAUGUGAUUUGUGAGUACAUGUUAAAGUGGAUGAAUGUCAAUGAGGCAGAUGUAUAGUACUCAGUAUUUUGAGGAGUUUUUCUGUUAAAGGGCUACUGUGUGUUGUACUGUGCUGUUGGGGUCUGCUUGUAAAGUCCAGAUUGUAACUUGAAAAUCAAAGCCUUGAUAUAUGUGCCAAUGUGUCAUUAAUCAAAACAGCUUUCAGAUCUCCUCAUUUCCUUCCACCUCUCCCUGUACUAGUGUUCAAAUGAGGUCCAUACUAUUUCCUGCAUUGAACAACACUUCAUCAAAUACAGUACUGUAUUUUGCACUCCAUCCUCAGGAUAUUGCCUUUCCCACAUGUUGUAUUUUGUUUUGCUGACCAUUUUGCAAUUCUUGGAGAUUUGUAACUUGCUUUCUCUCAUAAUUCUGCAUAUGUCUGCAGACUGUCCUAACUCUCAUUGUUGACAGAUGCUGUUGUAAGUGUUGAUAACAAACCGUGGUACAUUUAGUGUGAAUGAAAACGAUGCUUUGCUUUCUGUGCAUUGACUUUGCUGUAAAAUCUAGAGCUGAAACUAAAUGUAUGUUUUAUAUACAGUGUUUCAUAUUCUGUGACCAUGCCCAUGCUUUUCAGAAUAAAAUGUGGCUAACUAUAUAAGUCUGUCGCAGGGUUACACUU